CUGUGUGGAUCCGAGUUGCAUGUUUGACGCGCUCUGAGUGACAGCGCUACAUUGUACAGUAAGAUGACGUCACAUGAAGUCACAUCGCCCUCCGUACAGCAAGAUGACGUCCCUCCCAGAGUCACUUGACCCUCCGUACAGUAAAAUGACGUCCCUCCCAGAGUCCCAUGACCGGCCAUACAGUAAGACGUCACAUGACCCUCCGUACAGUAAUAUGACGUCACAUGACCCUCCGUACAGUAAGAUGACGUCUCUCCCAGAGUCACAUGACCCUCCGUACAGUAAGAUGACGUCUCUCCCAGAGUCACAUGACCGCCGUACAGUAGGUCCAACAUGGCAGACGGAGAGCGGGUCCUCCGCGGUAACUAAAGCAACACUUCAAACCCGCCGACACACACAUUAGAACAACACAAGACCGCAGCGAUGAGGGAAAGGCUGAAGAAAAAGAAGGGCAGGACGUGGGCGGAAGCCGCUAAAACGGUUCUGGAGAAGUAUCCCAACACACCAAUGAGCCAUAAAGAGAUCUUGCAGGUGAUCCAAAGAGAGAGGCUUAAAGAAAUAAGAAGUGGAACUUCGCCGCUGGCAUGUCUGAACGCCAUGCUCCAUACCAACUCCCGGGGAGACGAGGGCAUCUUCUACAAAGUUCCUGGCAGAAUGGGCGUCUACACACUUAAGAAGGAAGGCUCGGACGGGGUCAAGAAGCUGUCGGGGGAGGUGCACGAGGAGGAGGACGAGGAGGAGGAGGAGGACGGGUCUGAGGAGAGCAGUGAGGACCUCUCAGACUCGCCCAGCAGUGAGAACAGCAGCAAGGUGCUCAGCCAGGAGCGUGACGGCGGCAGGUGGCGACGCAGAGUUCCUACCAAGCUGGAGCCGCUGCCGCCCUCCUCCCCCCAGCCCCGCUGCUCCUCCCCUCUGGUCCCGGCCGCCAAACUCAUCUCCCCCUCGCAGAAACACGGCAAGAAGGCUCUGAAGCAGGCCCUGAAGCAGCAGAGGAGCCAGCGGCGCCAGGGGGGCGUGGCCUCCAGCCAGCGGCGCCAGGGGGGCGUGGCCUCCGGCCAGCGACUCAUCCUGAAGACGGUCAAAGACACGGCCGACAACAUCUCCCCCCAGACCGACCUGUGUCUCGGCCCAGGACCCAGGACCAUGGCGCAGCGAGGCAGCCGGCUCAGCCCACGGCAACUCAAGCGCACCAAGUGUGAAAUAGAUGUGGAGACGCCCGACUCCAUUCUGGUGAACACCAACCUGCGGGCCAUCAUCAACAAGCACACCCUGUCCGUGCUACCCCCCUCCUGCCAGCAGAGGCUGCUCAAGCUGCUGCCUGUGGUCGACCAGCAGGCCUGUCUGGACGGCCUCCUGAAGGUCACCGGCUCGGCACUCAACAACGAGUUCUUCGCCUCGGCGGCCCAGUCCUGGAAGGAGCGUCUGUCUGAGGGUGAGUUCACUCCCGAGCUGCAGCUCCGGAUGAGGCAGGAGAUUGAAAAGGAGAAGAAGGUGGAGCGUUGGAAGGAGGCCUUCUUUGAGAACUACUAUGGAGAGAACUCCGGGCUGAGCUACGAGGAGGCGCAGAGGGAGCUGAUGGAGUCUGAUCAGGACCGGCCGCCCUGCCCUCCUCUUCCUCCUCCUCCUCCUCCUCAUCACCAGCGCUCCUCUGAAGGACCUGUGGCCGAAGCAGCUGAGCCCCGGGGCCCCGAGGACAGAGCAGUGGGGGCCCGGGGCCCCGAGGACAGAGCAGUGGGGGCCCGGGGCCCCGAGGACAGGGCAGUGGGGGCCAGGGGCCCCGAGGACAGGGCAGUGGGGGCCCGGGGCCCCGAGGACAGAGCAGUGGGGGCCCGGGGCCCCGAGGACAGAGCAGUGGGGGCCCGGGGCCCCGAGGACAGGGCAGUGGGGGCCCGGGGCCCCGAGGACAGCAGUCCCUGUCCUGUCCCGACCAGACCCCCAGACCAGUCUCCCAGACCCCCGCUGGCCAGCAGACCGCCGCCCGUCAUGUCGCCCAUGCGGACGCGGCGGGCGCGUCACGCGGAGGACCGCCGCCUCAGCCGCUUGGCCCCGCCCACGGCCCCGCCCGCGUCGCCGGGGGAGACGGCCGUACUGCCGGGUCCGAGGCCGGCAGAGGACGGUCUGAAGCCGCUGGUGGCGGAGCGGGCCCUGGGGGAGGGGCCAGAGGUGAGAGCGGCCGCCCCCGAGCCCCCCGACAAGAGCAGCCCCCGACCCCCCAGGGCCCCCCCAGAGGCGGCGGGGCACCCCGGUCAGCCCGCAGGGCCCCUCCGUACCAAUCCCCCUGGGGCCCCAGAACCGGGGAAAAGGAAGUCCCCCAAUGAGCCAGAGGGGGAGAAGACCCCCGAGAAAAGACCCCGAACCUCCUCGCCCGCUGCAGCAGGCCCCGCCCCCUCUCCAGCAGGCCCCGCCUCUUCUCCAGCAGGCCCCUCUCCAGCAGGCUCCUCCCCCUCUCUAGUAGCCUGCUCCACCUCUCCAGCAGGCCCCGCCCCCUCUCCAGCAGGCUCCUCCCCAGCAGGCCACGCCCCCUCUCCAGCAGGCCCCGCCCCCUCUCCAGUAGGCCCCUCCCCCUCUCCCGCAGGCUCCUCCCCAGCAGGCCCCGCCCCCUCUCCAGCAGGCCCCUCCCCCUCUACAGAAGGCCCCUCCUCCUCUCCAGCAGGCCACACCCCCUCUCCAGCAGGCCACACCCCCUCUCCAGCAGGCCCCACCCCCUCUCCAGCAGGCCCCUCCCCCUCUCCAGCAGGCUCCUCCCCCUCUCCGAGGGCGUCGUCCACGGCGAGCCCCUCCAGGCCGUCUUCGAUGGCGCAUCAGAAGGUUCCGCCGCUCAAGAUUCCCGUGUCCCGGAUCCUGCCUGUGCCCGUCUCCCCCGUCUCCCCCGGCCCGGGGUCCCCCCGCCCCCCCCCGCCCCCCCUGGGCAGCCCGGGCCGUCCCGGGGCGCGCACGCUGGCCGACAUCAAGGCCAAGGCCCAGCUGGCCCGGGCGCAGCGCUCCGCAGCGGCGGCGGCGGCGGCAGCAGCGGCCUCAGGGGCGGCGCCCGAAGGGGCGGGGCCGGCGCCCGGGGGGGCGGGGCUGGUAGCCGGAGCGAGUGUUAGCGGUGAGAAAACCCCCAAAGCGCCCCCUCUCAGUCCAACCUCUCCCCGCCCGGCCCGCGGCCCACGGCGCCCGCCCCCCCCCCACGGGACGGCCUUCCCCGGGGAGGUCCCGCCCCCCAGAGAGAGGGGUCCCGCGGCCCCGGGCCCCCACUGCCUCCAGAAGCCCCCCGAGGGGUCCCCACGGGGCAGGAAGGGGGCGGCGGAGCAGCCCGGCCCCUCCAGCGGCCCGGGGCCCCGGGUCAGCUCCUGCACCCCCGCCAACAACCCGCUGGUCACGCAGCUCCUCCAGGGGAAGGAGGUCCCCAUCGAGCAGAUCCUCCCCCGGCCCCACGCCGGGAGCAAGGGCAAGGCGUGGCACCGGCGGGCCCCCCCCCCCCGCCGGGGGGCCCUCCCCGAUCAGCGUCUCCACGGCGACGCCCCCGACCGGGAGACGCAGGAGCAGAUCCUGCAGGCGCUGAUGCAGAGGAAGGCGUCCCAGCGGGGGGGGGCGGUGGGCGGGCGGGGGGCCCCCCCCGCGGAGGACCGGGGGGGGGGCCCCCCGCCCGCCCACCGCCCCCCCCCGCAGCCCGGGGACGGCCUGCCGCGGCCCCGCUUCUCCGUGGGCUGCCUCCGCAGGAGGACGGCGCGGCCGGCCAUGACGGGGCACUACCUCCUCAACGUGGCCACGUACGGCCGCGGCCCCCAGAGCGGCCCGCGCCGGCCCCCCGCCGCCGGAGCCCCGCUGCGGGGGGCGGCGGACACACCGCAGGACGGGAAGGACGAGGACCUCCCGCCCCCGACGGCCGGCCUUAAGGAGGAGCAGCAGGGAUGCUCCGUCGCCAGGCAACAGGAACCCACCGGCGCCCAGCACCGCGGAACGGCCGAGAGCGAGGCCGGCCGGCGAGGCUGCGGCCCGCUGGGCCAGGAGGCCAGCGCCGAGCCAGCCCCGCCCGGGGCAGGAGCCCCGCCCGGGGCCGGAGCCGCGCCCGAGGCCGGAGCCCCGCCCGAGGCCGGAGCCGCGGCGCGCAGCCCCUGGUCUCGGGCGGACCAGAGGAGCCUCCAGCGCGGCGACGGCCGUCAGGGGAGUCCGGAGCCGUGCCCCACGGCCCCGGACCUCAGCCAGCGGCCGAGCGCCGCCCAGACGCAGAGGAGCCCCGCCCACCGGGACCAGGACGCGGCGCUGGGGUCGCCCUACGGCGGCACCGUCGGCGCGUCCCCCCCCCCGCCGUCGGAGCGGUCGGGCGGCGGGGGGGUCCACGGCAGCGUGAUGUCGUUCUCGGUGACGGUCACCACCAUCCCCGCGGGCCACACCCUGGCCCCCGGCCCCCCCGGGGAGCCCUCGACCGAGCAGAGCUUCAUGGAGGGGGGGGGCCUGGAGGAGGUGCAGUCCAGGUGCUACUGCCGCCUCAAGGCCAUGAUCAUGUGCAAGGGCUGCGGAGCCUUCUGCCACGACGACUGCAUCGGGCCCUCCAAGCUGUGCGUCGCGUGCCUGGUGGUGCGCUGAGCCCGCAGUCUUCAUCGUCGGCCCCUUCCUCCUCCUCAUCGGUCGAUACGCGUUCCUUCGGUUGUUUCCAGUCGAGAGUUGGUUGGAGAAACGGAGACGUCCUUUGAAACGGAUCGGGCCCCAGUGAGCGCCCUGGGGGCCCCAGUGAGCGCCCUGGGGCCCGUAGGAGGGUCGAGACGGCCCUGGAGGGCCCGCUGUGUGGCGGGCCGGUGGGGCUGCGGCUGCCCUUUGGUUCAAUCAGCAGAUCUGGGAGGAAUAUGUCACCUGAGUGCAAUCUGGCAAUGUUUGCACUUGGCUAGGGUUAGUGUGGUAUAUAUAUAUUUUUAAAGAGACAUAAGUAUAGUUUUUAAAAGAGAACAAGGAGGGAAAAUAUAAUAUUCUUGUUAUUUUUGUAGAAUACAAUGACGUUAUGUGUGGUAGACAAACACUUUUUAUCGUGCGGCCUGAAUGGAUUGAAAAAAAGGGCAAACAUAAUGGUUCAUAGUAGACGACCAGGCAGGGAAUGAGAACUCUCCCAAUCUGUUUUAGAGAACAGCACUGUACGCCGCGUGCAGUAAAUAUAGCACUCAGAUUUUACAAAAACAGAUAUAUAGCAGCUAUACUUCGAUACUUCCUCAAAUCUAUAACAUCAUUUUUUUCAACGAUACUUUUAACAAAAGGAGAAAUCAAAAGCACGUACCCCCAUUACACCAAGCCCCCUUCGCACUUAACCUUAUUUCUUAGAAACAGUUACAGGAAGCAACAGUUCCUCACAAUGCAUUGAGUCGAGAAACACAAUCACAACAGCUGCGCCUUCAAUGUACAGCGCGUCACUCUGAGCUGGGGUCCAGCAGCUGUUCUGGGGGUCCACAGGAGCAAAGACGCCCAGCAGAAGAGCCACUCUGGUUGGUUCUUCAGUUUGUCUCCGAGGUCACAGACAGGCUUGUAAAUAUCGUUCCCCACAAUGCAUCGCUUCUCAUUGCUUCUCAAUUUUUAUUUAUUUUUUUAACGGAGAGAGAUUUCUAGCUGGGAGGGACAGUUUAAACACUCACUGUACGGAGAGAAAAUCAAUGGGUUUAUUGUCUUUUUACUUUUGCACUGUAAAUAUUUGCCGAUUUAUAUUCCUAACGUUGUAAUACUCCUGUAGUACACCUUGCUUCGUAUAUGCCAGGUUUUAUGACUGAAUUUAUGAAUGACUGAGUGCUGUGGAGAAAGAGGGAGAGAGAGAGAGAGAGAGAGGCCGUAUCAUAGAGUGUACGUAACAAGGAAGAGGUACUCAAAGACCCGCUUCAAAUACACUUUAAAGGAAGGCAAUUCAUUUUAGAGGCAUUUUGGUCAAAGCUGCUGAAAUUGUCUACAUCCCAACAAUAAAUCAGUUGUCCCGUUAAAAGAUACAAAAAUCCAAAAA